CGAUUGCUCCCUCACCCAUACCCUCUUCUCCCCUCAUUUCCAUGCGAACCACCAUCUCCAUUGCACCAUCUUCCUCCCAAACAUGAGCUGCAACGGUUGCCGCGUUCUCCGAAAGGGCUGCAGUGAGUCCUGUAUUCUCCGCCCUUGCUUGCAGUGGAUUGACACCUCUGAAGCCCAAGGCCACGCUACUGUCUUUGUCGCUAAGUUCUUCGGCCGCGCCGGUCUUAUGUCUUUCAUCUCCGCCGUCCCUGAAUCUCAACGACCUUCUUUGUUUCAGUCUUUGCUGUUUGAAGCCUGUGGUCGUACUGUCAAUCCGGUCAACGGCGCCGUUGGUCUUCUCUGGACUGGAAACUGGCAUAUCUGUCAGGCGGCGGUGGAGACUGUGUUACGAGGCGGUACGUUGCGGCCGAUGAAUGAGUUUCUCGCCGCUGGAUCUCCUAAUCCGGCUUCCGAUGAAACGUCCGAGGCUGAAGUCGCCUGUACCGACAUGUGGAAGCUUCGAGAUUCUUAUCCAAAUUCUCGAUUCUCUAACUCCCGAUCCAGACUCUCCCCAAAACGUAAACGAUCCGAGGAAUCCACAAAAAACCAACUAAACGACUUAGAUCUCCGUUUAACGCCGAAUUUUCCGGCGAAAUCAACCCGGCGUGCCGCUACUCCGUCGAUGAAUUCCGAGGAAUCCGAAACCACUACGUGCUUUGAGAGCGGCGGCUUGGUUGAUCAUCAUCAUCGCAACUACCAUCCAGAAGAACUGGUACCGGAACGGAAACUUCUCAAUUUAUUCGUCUAAAAACCAGAUUAUUCCGAACGCACGCAUGGCUUAUAUGAUUCUGUGAAUCAGACGUUCACAACUGCUAUGGUUUAGGCGAAUUUUGAAAUUCUUUUCCGGGUUGAAAAAAAGUAACCCGGAAGUGAAGUGUCCUGGAUUGUGUCGGAAAAUUGAAGAUUCCGGCGAGUUUUGUUUUGUUUAUGUCGUUUUUGCUUUAAAAUUGUAAUAUCCAGCAUCAACCCACCGGCACAGGAUUUCACUCCUCGGCCGCCAGAGGAGUGAGAAAUGAGCGUCUGUCGGUGGUCCCUUUUCUUGCCUUGUGUUUCCAUUUUGUAAUUUACUUAUAAUAAUAAUAAUUAUAAAAUCCCAACUUCGUUUCUCUUA